AGAUGACAAAAGGAGGGAAGAAACUUCCUCGGCUGGAUAGCGAAAAGGGCUUGUUUGCAGGAGAUACCUCCUCCAGCAUCUCCACAUUUUUUCUCCGCCCUCCUCUCAAUUUAACAAGGGGGGGGGGGGGUUUGGAGAAAGAGUGGCUGUGCAGAAAGACUCAAGGCAGAAAAACCCCUCACUCACAUUCAUAGACUCCGCAGGGUGUUUGCAGCCCCUGUCUCCCUGUUUGCAGUGUUGUUGGACUACUAGAGAAGGUAGAAAUUGUUUACUAGACCCUGCUCAGAGAGAGGGGAAGGUGUUGUUGUGUUGGCCGUCCCCUGGACCACAAAACACCACAUUGUGAUUUCCAAGCCUAUUGAAGAAGCCAAGGGGGGAUUUUUAAAAAGCUAGAGAUGCCAGGGAUGGUCAGUAAAAACCCAGACCUCGAGUUUGACUCGCUGCAGCCUUGCUUCUACCCGGACGAAGAUGAUUUUUAUCUGUGCGGUCCGGACUCGGCGCCCCCAGGGGAAGACAUCUGGAAAAAGUUUGAGCUGCUGCCCACGCCGCCUCUGUCUCCUAGCCCGGCGGGCCUGCAAGAGAACCCCCCAGGUGGGGUGGCGGGGUCGUGGGGGGCAGCGGUGGCCGCUCUUGGGGGCUUUCGCACCAGCGACCCCCUGGACUGGGCUUCUGAAUUGCUGCUCCUGCCCCCGGAAGCUGACCUCUGGGGCAACAACGAUGGCGGGGACUCCUUUGAGAUUGGCUUGGGGGAGAGCAUCAACAGCAACCUCAACGCCAUCAUCAUCCAGGACUGUAUGUGGAGUGGCAUCUCUGCCAGCGAGAAGCUGGAAAGGGUUGUGCAUGAGAAGCUGCAGGGCAAAGGAGGAGGGCUGCCUGCCACCGCAGCUGGCUCUGCCACCCUCGCAGUGGGCACUGCCACUGCCGUCUCCUCCACCACCCCCAGCAGCACAGGAAACAAUGGCAGCAGCCAAGCAGAGCUCAACAACUCUGUCUCGGAGUGUGUGGAUCCCGCUGUGGUCUUCCCCUUCCCCAUCAAGAGGGAGAUGAAGAGGGAACUGGGCACCACCAUUGCUCCAUCCUGCACAGCUGGUGGAGAGGCUGGCAUCACCGGUGCCCUGGCUCCAGCAGCUCCUGCUCAGCGAAACAGCAACAGUCGCCACCCGGGUGCAGCUAAUGACUGCCGGGCUAACAACAACAACUGCAGCAGUUCAGGGGAUGAUACGCUCAGUGAUUCCGAUGAAGAGGAAGAGGAGGAUGAUGAGGAGGAAAUUGAUGUGGUGACAGUGGAAAAGAGGCGUUCCUCCUCCUACAAAUCGGUCAGCACCCUCACGAUUGCAGUGCGCCCCAAAAACGCCACCAGCUUUGCCUCUGGGAGAACUCAGCCAAGUGAAGUCAUCCUCAAGCGCUGCGCCCCUAUUCACCAGCAACAUAACUAUGCCGCGCCAUCGCCAUAUAUCGAAAACGAAGAGGUGCCACCCCAGAAAAAGCUAAAAAGCGAAGCGUCCCGUCCAGUGAAACCAGUGGCCCAGCCAAAGCUGAAAAGCUCCAGCCCUCGAAACUCUGAUUCGGAAGACAGCGAACGCCGGCGCAACCACAACAUCCUGGAACGUCAGCGGCGCAACGAUCUGAGGUCAAGUUUCCUUACGUUAAGGGACCACGUGCCGGAACUGGUUAAAAAUGAAAAAGCAGCAAAAGUGGUCAUCUUGACAAAGGCCACCGACUAUGUGCAUUCCCUACAGGCUGAGGAGCACAAAUUAAUGCUGGAAAAGGAGAAAUUGCAAGCCAGACAACAGCAGUUGAUAAAAAAAUUGGAACACAUGCAAACUUGUUAAUUUAAACAUACAUAAAAAACUUUUUAACUUUUUUGUCAUUGUCUGAUCUGGACAGCCACUGCCACUUUGCACAUUUUUGAUUCCUUAAAGAGAGUUAUGUUUUUUGACGUUAAGAAUGUUGGUUUUACUUUCAAUCCAGUCUCUGAUAUAGAUGACAAAAAUAAAAACCCAGAAAUUAAAUACUGUUAUCUGAAUGGAGAGCAGAUGGAUGUUCUUUUUGUGAAAUUGAAGAGACUGCCAAUCUGUAAUGGAAUGCCUUUGUAUUUCCUCUUAGAACUGUAUGUGUUCUUUCAAUGUUGUGAGCAUUUGGACCUGCUUAUGACAUCCAGUUGAGUCUGGAAACAUUCAUUCCCUUUUAAUGGUGCUUACGUUCUACCAGGUGUUAUGGGGCAAAAGCAUUUUGUACCCGUGUUGUUUGGGGAACACCUCUGUAAAUACCACUACACACUUGCCUUUUGUACAUGUCUUGGGUUAUGAGGUGACUUUUGCUACCAAUAUUAGACUGGAAGUUCAUACCUAAGUACUGUAAUACCUCAAUGUUUGAGGAGCAUGUUUUUGUAUACAAAUAUAUUGUUAAUCUCUGUUAUGUACUGUACUAAUUCUUACACUGCCUGUAUACUUUAGUAUGAUGCUGAUACAUAACUAAAUUUGAUACUUAUAUUUUCGUAUGAAAAUGGUUGUGGAAAGUUUUGAGUAGAUAUUACUUUAUCACUUUUUUGAACUAAGAAAACUUUUGUAAAGAAAUUUACUAUAUAUGCCUUUUUUCCUAGCCUGUUUCUUCCAGUUAAUGUAUUUGUUAAUGUUUGUUGCAUAGAACUGGGUAAUGGCAAAGUUCUGUGUUUAAUUUCUUCCAAUGAUGUACAUUUAGUGCUGCAUCUUUAUAGCACUUUGAAAUACCUCAUGUUUAUGAAAAUAAAUAGCAAUUACAU